UGUGCCCGAGGGGGUCUUGAACUACCCAUAAGUCCGUGGGCUCAUGAGGUUUUCGCGCCGUCUCGCACUUCGCAUCAAAGUGUGAAGAGUUCUUUCGUUCCUUCAAAUAAUCAGCUUCUUCGCGUUUAUCGGCUAGCAAAGAAGGAGAUAGAGUGAAUUGAGGAGAUAGAGUGAAUUGAGUCCUGCAUCUUUUUAAAGCGUACUUUAAAUGACAAAGCCCAGCGACCAAGUUCGAGAAACACGAUCUUGACAAAACCCAGUCAUUUGAAUAAGCCGUUGGGAGACGCUGAUAUCGAUGAACAGUCCAAGGUGGGAGUGCUUCUAAAAUGAAAACUCCGAAUUUGUUUGGGAAUGAAAGCUCGAACUUCCUUAGUAAAGUAACACCGUAACUUUUCCACAAGCCAGUGUAGUUUGAAAAUUUUGCCCCUUGUUUUCUUAUUCAACAGACAUGGUAUGGUUUGGAUCACACAGAUUGAGAGACUGCAUCAUGGCCCACCACCUGUCAACCUUUCUCCGCUGCCUGUCCAUAACACUCACACACCAAGAGCAUUGCAUCAACCUGCAUAGGGAUCAUCUCCAAAACAUCAUCUUCUUCACAGAGACCUCGGGUGUAUACCAGGCAGCUUUUGUUCAGAGUUCAGAGUUGAGAAGGUCUUCAGAAAGUUGGUCUAUGUCAACCAAUCGAAGCUUUCUGAAAUUCACGACUUUCUUCGCAAACUGUGGUUUGCAAAGGUCAAGUUCACAGUGUAUGGCAUGGUGGUCAGAAGUCAUCGGGUUCCGGACAGAAAUCCCUUUGAUGAUGUCAUCAUCAGACCAAGUUAUUACAAGGUCUAGGGUGUGGCCAUCUUUAUGCGUUAUGCCUUUGACGUGCUGCUUUAGGUCAAAUGCAUCUAAUAUGUUGGAAAACUUUUUAGCAUAUCUGUCAUUAGCAUCAUCCAUGUGGAGAUUGAAAUCACCAAUAAACAAUAGUUGACCAUUAGACUCAGCAAGAACCUGCUCCAGUAAUCGAGAGAACUCAUCAAAAAACAAUGUGUAUGUGGAUUCAGGUGGUCUGUAGACAACAAAAAUCCUGAGCUGGACAGAAUCACGAAGCCGCACAUCCAUGAACUCGAACGUGUUGAACUGUUCACAAAUCCGGCUGUUGAUUUCAAGACGAUCUUUAAAGAGCAGUGCAACACCACCACCUCUUGCAUUUAGCCUUGGGCUGUGAAGAAAACGGUAUCCUGUAGGACAAAGGGUACCCAUUUCGACAGAAUUGUAAUCACCAUUCUUAAACCACGUCUCCGUGAUUGCCAAUAUAUCUAUGGCAUUGUCCACCGUAAAGUCUUUUAUAAUUGGAGCUUUAUUAUUUGCUGAUCUAACAUUAAGGUGAGACAGACGCAGUCUGAUCUUUUUGUUUAUAUUAUCUUUGUUGGUAUUGACAAUAGGGAUCGGGAUUAAAUUACUUGAUCUCACCGAUUUUCGUUUAGAUUGAGACUCCACCAGUUUAUCAUUUGCUGGAUAGUUAUUGACAAGAACAGGGAUGGGUUGCCUUGCAUUGUUCAUCAUCGAAAAGUUAUAUGUUCGAUGAAGGUGCUGAGGGUUGUUCAUCUCUAGCUGCGACUGUCGAGUAUCAAUAAGAUUAUGAGCGUUUCGUGUCCGAGUCCAUGUAGAACUACGAACUUUAAAGUGAGAUGAAACAACUGCUGGAAUGGGGCUGUUCUCAGGUCCUGGGUUCAGUUUGAAAACUAGGUCACCUUCAAGAGGGAGGUGAAAGGUGGCACUCGUGUUGUUGUAAUACAUGCAGGAGCAUUUCUGUCUUCUGAUUCGUACUCUUGAAAAAAUCGGUCGAGUGGAGCAAUGCCCUAUCCAUCGAACCUCGGAGGAAACAGGCGCUUUCGAAGACGCCAGCACCAGCAUAAGUGAAACAUAGAGAACAAGUGCAAGGCUGCUCCUCAUUGUGCGCACCAGAAACCAGAAAGAAAAAAAAAUUGUACUUGAUGAUGGAAAUUGGGUGUUUCAAGAAAAUAAGAAGUUUUGACUAAAAUUGCUUUCUUAUUAUAUUCUUAACUUUCACGUGACGUCACAGCCAUAUCCAAUUACCAUGUCCGCCAUUACUGUGCCCCUCAGCAGUAAGGAAAUGUAUGUAAAGUAAUGUCAUUUCUGUAGUGUUUUCUAAUUUUCUCGUCAAAAAGUGCUUUUUUAGACCCGCAAAUGUCAGUACCAGUAUUGCCGAAAUAUGCUACAUCACUAGAGGGUAAUAUAAAGAAUCGUUACAUCCAGAAAAUUGAAAAAAUCGGCAUCGAUCCAGCUACUAUUCCCGAUGAAGAACUGAAUCCUGAGUGUUUACCGCCAAUAGAGCAGUCGGACUUGUUUAGUUUCUUGGUUUUGGAAACAAGUCAUUAUACUAACGACCAGUUCAAGAACUAUAAAAGUCUUGAAGCAUACAACCAAGUGGUUUCUGGGUUUGUAGCGUCCGUGAAGGGAAGAAUUGUUUCUGACAAGUAUGUAGUCGUAGCCAAAGUUCGCCAUUCUCAACGAAUGAAUGAUCCUCUCGUCGAUAUCUGGCUCAUUACAGGAAAGGAUGGAAGAAUUUUCUCCGCUCAUUGCCUGGGCUGUAAGGCAGGACUAGCGGAAUCGUGUUCACACAUUGCCAGUGUCUUAUUUUAUAUCGAAUGCUGGACUCGAAUCAACGGAAAGCUGGCUUGUACGCAAGUAAAAUGCUCAUGGCUCCUUCCAACUUAUGUAAGUAAUGUGACCUAUGCUAGGGCAAAAGAAAUCGAUUUUUCUUCUGCUAAAAAGUUAAAAGAAAAACUUGACGAUAACAUUGAAUCUUUUAAUGAAUAUUCUCAAUCUCGAACUGUUGGAGACGCAACGAACAAGAUCAUGACCCCUAGCGUUUCAGCGGAGGAUGUGUCGGAGUUUUACAAAAAGCUGAAUCAGUGUGAAACAAAAGCUUCAAUAUUAAGUUUGAUCGACCCAUAUGCCAAUCAAUUUAUUUCAAAAAGCAGAAACAUUCCAGUUUUAACAGAUCUUUACGAAUCAAGUAAUUUAGAUCUGAAAUACCCCGAACUUUUACGGAAAUGUUUAGAAGUUAAGAUAAACAUUUCAGACGAAGAGAUUGAUCAAGCUAAAAGUCCAGGAUUUUUUAGGCAUCGUGCUGGCAGAAUUGGAGCCUCUGUCUGUGGUGCUGUGUUCCAUGGAAAUCUUGCACAGCCUUCUCAAAAUCUAAUUCAGUCUAUCUGCUAUCCGCAUCUAUUUAAAAUAAACAACAAGGCAACCAAACAUGGUUGUAAAUACGAGGAACAAGCUAUCAAAAGUUAUGAACACCACAUGAAAUCGCUACACACCAACUUUCAAAUUAAAAGAUGUGGACUUUUCAUAAACAAAGACUUUCCUUUUAUACAUGCUACACCAGAUUUUCUAAUAUCGUGUGACUGCUGUGGAUUGGGCUGCGGGGAAGUUAAAUGCCCCAUUUCCGUCACAAAUGGUAACUUCAACGAAUACAGCCUGAAAGCAAGCUCUUGCCUCGAAAAUGUGAAUGGAGUAUUAAAGUUAAAGAAAUCCCACAACUAUUACUAUCAGGUACAGCAGCAGCUAUUUACAUUGCCUGAUCGAAAGUAUUGUGACUUUGUUGUUUUUGCCAUUGAUUCUGAUGGGAACUCACAUGUUUUAUGUGAUCGAAUCAACCCUGACCCAUCCCACUCAAGCGGUGUUAUGAAAAAGAUCGAAACAUUUUGGAGAAUUUGCAUUCUUCCAGAAAUGCUUGGAAGAUGGUACACCAGACGGUGUGAUCUACCUGAAAGCAAACUCAUUGAUAAUGUCAUAUGUUUUUGUAGGGGACAGCCUAAUGAUGACAUUGUAUCCUGUACCAAUGCUGACUGUCCAUAUGGACAAUUCCAUACUAAAUGCCUUUCUUUACAUAAUGUGAAAAUGCCAAAGCAAUGGUACUGCCCUCACUGCUGUAAACUACCACAGCUCAAAAAACGGGCAAAGGCUAAAGUUGCACCAUCUCAGGUAAACCAGGCUGCUAUGUUAAAAACUACAAUUUGUAUCUAAUGAAAAGGCAACCAUGACUGAUAGACUCAUUGAGUGCCACAAUGUAAACUGCAGCAAUGGAAAUUUCUUCCAUCUGAAAUGCUUGGGGUUGAAAAGAAUGCCUAACAAUUCCAAGACAACAUGGCUAUGUAAUAUCUGCCGAGGAAAAAAGGGCAACACAAUGCCUUGUGAUAAACCUACCACUUCUACUUCUACAACACCUAUUACAAAUCCUAAAUCACCUGCAACAACAUCAAACUUAUCAGAUGAUGAUGAUAAUGAUAGUGAAGAUGAAAUAGAAAUUACAAAAGUGUCAACUAGUUCUGGUUCUGUUAACAAGUAUGCUAUUCUGGCUAAUUUAAACAAUGCAGAUUAUGACAUCAUUAGUGAUCCUGCUGGAUGGCUUACUAGUGACAUUAUCCAAUAUGCUCAAGUCCUGAUAAAAGAAGUUAACCCAGCAAUUGAGGGCUUACAACGACCAACUCUUGGAAGAGUCAGAAACUUUGAUGUAGUGUCUAGUGAAUUUAUUCAGAUUCUACACACUGGAAGUGAUCACUGGGUCUGUGUUAGCUCACUGGGCUGUCCACCUGGAUAUGUUCACCUGUAUGAUAGUUUAUAUCAUGAUGUUAUAAGUCAAGAAAUAGAGGAACAAACCAAUGACCUCCUAGGUGGAAGUUUGAUUAGUUUAGAUUUUGUACCCGUCCAGCAACAGAGCAAUGGUAGUGACUGUGGGGUUUUUUCUAUUGCAUUUGCCACAUGUUUAGCUUUUGCUACUAAUCCAAGUCACUUUACUUUUGACAUUCCCAAAAUGCGCUCACACUUAUUAUCAUGUCUCAAAGAUGAGACAAUUAGCAUGUUUCCAUCCUUCUAAUUUCUUGAUAAAUUUUGUAAUUAGAGUGCAAACAAUGCAGCCAUUGAGCUAUCCACAAAACCUGUCUAGUAAUACUAAAUAGUGCGAUCUGUUGUUUACUAUCCUUAAUUAGCACUAUUCUGCAAUAUUUAAUCCUUUUUAUUUUGCAGUUAAAUUGUUUUCAAUCUAAAUGCAGUAAAAAUCACUGAAUUUUGUAAAUAACAAAACAUAUUUGCAUGUCCAUUGGUGUAAAAUAAUGUGAAAUCAUUCACAAUGAUACAUAAAAUUUACAAUAAUUUGCCAUAGAAUUUACCAGAGAUAUGAAUUUAAGCAAUAUUGUCAUGUUUUGAAAUAAUUUUGCUAAAUAUUGAAAUUAUUUUGUUCCUGUUCUUAAUAUUAUAUUGACAAUGUGCAAGAUGACUUUAGAUAUAUAAAUAAUAUUUGAUUCAAAAAUUCAACAAUCUUGUUGUUGCUUUUUAGUUUAAAACCAGUCACUAUGAGUUUGUUAUUUGCCAACUUAGACAUGCAUUCACAUCAUAGAUUUUUAAAUGAUUAACACUUGUUUACAAAAAAAACUUUUUGUUAACAUAACAUGUAUCUUUGCUGUUUUAGAUCACCUGAUAAGCAGCUAAAUAAUUUUGUCCAAUAGCGCGAUAACACUUAAACCAUGAAAUAACUAAAAUAUGUCUACUAUUAACUAUAGAGACAAAUAGUAGCAAAAUCCUUUGUUUUCUAUUGCUUAAUUAGUACUAUUUGUACUUUUUAGUUAGUCCUUGUUUCACAGUUUCAGUGCUAUUGCUUUAGUUAGAAUGAUUUACAUUAACCUUUGAUAUAAAGUAUGGUGAGUCGCUGUACAAAUAAAAGAACACAAAUGGAUCUAAGGUAUAUUACCUCAGAAUGUAUUAAUAGGUUAAUGAAAACCACUCUAUUAAUAAAUAUCAAUAAUUAUUUACAAUAGCAACAAUGUAUAUGCUGAAAGUAAUCAAGUAGUCCAAAAAUGGAUUUAGGUAUUUUGGCCAGAGGUAAGUGGUUGAUCUUUAGUCUAGUACAUAAUUCUUGCACUCCCCUUGUGAAAAUAUUUUCCAGGAUCCUGUAAGAUUCUAUCGGGAUCCCAAACAGGAUUCUGUCCAGGAUUAGGAUUUACCAAAGUCUUAGAGUCCCACAGGAUCUUGAUAGGAUGAUUAAAGAUCCAAUAUCUACUAGGAUUCUGGGAAAGAUUUCCACCAGGGUAUUGUCUUAGAAAACAAUAAAAAUUCAUUUAAACUAGCUAAUCAAAUGGUACUAUUGAUGGGCAAAAAUUUACAAGGGCUGAACAAACUCUUAGAAUACGGUCUAUUAUGGGUACCUGGUUUUCUGCGGGACCGUUCUGGUCACAACUCAAGAAUUUAGUGGGGAGUGUUCCUUCUAAUAUAGUAUAUUUCCUUCGUAGUAGACCUAUCACUCGCUCCACAUGGAUCCUCACAUUCGCUAUGCCUCUUGAACGCUCUACAUCUACUGGGUGCAGCUGAGCUUUUCCUUUGGUGAAUGCAGGAAUCACUAGCUUUCCUUGCUUCAAACCAGCACUCUCAGAAAUUGUAAAUCCUCUAUCUGCCAUUAUAGUAUCUCCUGGUAUCAAUUUUUCUAGGAUUCCACAGUUCUCAGUCAGAAAUUUAUCUGAUGUUCUUCCUCCCCAAGCCUCAGAAACAAAUGAGAUAGUGCCUUGGGGUGUGAUUCCAAUCAAAAUCUUAACAGUGUUGUGGUUGUUAUAUUAUGAAGAAAAGGUCUGAGCUCUGGCCAUAAGGUUUGUUGGUUUCUCAAUAAAAACUUCGAAACAAUCAAUUAUUACAGUAACCUUACGACCAAAGGUGUACUGAAAACACAUUGGCAUAGUUUUCCACAUCUGUUCCCUUGCAGGCCAAUGAAUUAAGCAAGACAGCCUCGAGUCCAUUGCAUGUAUCCAUGAGGUGAAUAUCCUUGACACACUUGUUAAGGACACCUCAAAACGGUAUGCGAAGUCUUGAAAUGGUACAUUUAACCGUAACUUCAUCAAAACAAUGAUAAAUUCUUGAAAGCUGUUCAAGCUGGUUAAAUCUGAUCGUCGUGAUACGUACGGGCUUACAUGUUCAAACACUACCAUUAGUAUAUCAAACGAAGACAAUCCAGUGUAAAAACGAACUUUAUCUGGAGAUUGGAAGAAGUCUUUAUCUGGAGCUUGAUAUACAGAGUUCUUAAACAAAUAAUUGAAUUCUUGAGUCUGCAUUCCUCUAUUUCUCCUGCCUUCAGAAACUACUUCAAAGUCCUCCGUUGAAGUGGAACGAUCAAUCAUUUCGUGGACGACUGUUUGAAUUCCCUUCUCUGCCUGUCUCGUCGCCGUCAAAAUAUUCAUAACUUGUACUGCCACAAGCUUCGUCAGAAUGAGCGUCUAGGCCUGAAACAUCUUCAGUAGAUGUGCUAGCAAUAGCAAAAUCUAUGUUUUGCACAGUCAGACCAGUUUGUUCCAGCUCUUUUCUCUUCUUAGCUGCUUCGAUUUGUUGACGCUCGAUGCUUCUCUUCCUGCGCUCCUUGGCCCUUUCAGCCUUCAAACUCGCUUCUUCUUUUUGUUUAUCGACUGUAGGCUGCUUCGCUUGUGGCUUUCCAAGGUUUAGAGUUGGCACCCAGUCGAUGUGAUAUCUAUCCCAAGAGGCUGCAGCUUUUCCAGUCACAAAAUGUAACCCACAUACUCGUUCACUGUCGAGGAUUCUCUUCGUCUCUGUAUCGCCUCGACUUAUUGCUGAAAUCCAGCGCCUUCUUCUCUCUCUAGUGAGUUCUUCGUGCUCUUCUCCUUGAUUUGAUACAAUCUUGGGUAUUGUAUGAAAGCUAACACGACUUUUUCCGCUUUUAGAAGCACAUCCAACCACUAUACAAUGAACCAUAUUGAGUAAAAGUACUAUAUAUCUCUGUUUGUUUACGCUUGAGGGGCACAGUAAUGGCGGAUAGCAACCGUUGUCAAGUGCGGUGUCACGUGGGUGAAAGUCAAGAAUACUUUGUUAUUACUUAUUAAAAACUAAAAUAUAAAUAAGAUUUUGUAAAGUCUGUCAAACUGGUUCAUUUACUUUAGUUCAAUUAGUUGUUUUUUAUCCAUUUAACGUUUGUAAACUUUUAUACAUUUAGUUUAACUUUAUUUUGUACUUAUGUACGUACUUUUGCAAUUUUUAGCAAUUAGCGCGCAGAUGAAUAACAAAGCACAAAUAAGUAAUUUGUAAAUGUACAAGACCUAUACUUUACACAGUGAAAACACAGUAAGUAUUUGAAGAGGUCAAAGCAGUCCCGCGGGAACACACAACGCACUUUCAGAAAGAACAAUGCCUAUGCUUAAAUGCUUAAAUGUUAGACCCUAUUAAAGCUUGCGCUUAUUUCUAGGGGGCGCCAAGGUAUUAUAGGCGGCGAAGGUGGCCAGGGAUCCGUAAGGAUCUUAAGACUGGCAGUGCACUUGAUUUAAAGGAGUCAAUCGACGAGGACUCGACAACCUCUGCGGGAAGCAAGUUCCAAGUCCUGAUAGUUCUAGGAAAAAAAGAGUAUGAGUGGGAAAGUACAUUGGACUGAAUCUGGUUAUAUUUAGAGGAGUUUGUUCUGGACGGUCGAAGGUUUGGCUGAAAUUGUUGAGGUAGAGCAAUGUUCACUAAAUUGUUGCGGAUUUUAUAGAAGAGGCAUAGUUGGGCGAGCUGACGUCGCACUUCAAGCGAGUCCCAAUUCAGGGAUUUAACAAGGUCAGAUGAGCUUGCCCUGGGGUCGUAGGUACCAGUAACGAAACGUGCCGCAUUUUUCUGCACUUGCUCUAAUUUGUUGAUGUCUCUAUCCGUGAAGGGGUUCCAUACUGGAGAAGCAUAUUCCAUGACCGGUCUUAUCAUUGAAAAGUACGCACGUUCCUUUACACUCUGAGAACAGGGUUUAAGGGUACGUUGUAAUAAUCCAAGAGUCUUGUUGGCUUUCAAAGAGACUUUACAACAAUGCCUACUCCAGCGGAGAUCGUGUGCAACGCGGAUCCCUAGAUAGUCAUGCUCGUCUGUAGAAUUCAGGAGCUGGGAGCCUAGCGAGUAGUUGAACAAGCUGCUAUUUCUCUUCAAGGUGAUCGGCAGUAAUUGGCAUUUAGAGGCAUUAAACUCCAUCUGCCAAGUCCGAGCCCAGGCUUCAAGGUUGCAGAGAUCGUGUUGGAGGGACACAUGGUCGGCUGGAGAUCGAAUGGUCCUGUAGACCACUGUGUCAUCUGCAAAUAGGCGAGUUACCGAGCUGCAUUGGCGUAGGAACGCAAACAAAUAUGCAAAUAUUGCUAAGUUGAAGUAUACGGGUGACUGACCACUAGGGCGGUGAAUUAAUUAAGUUUAGUAAAAAGGCUGAAUGAAAAUAAAAUUACACAAAAAUUCAAUCAGAAAAUGGCAACGAGAAAGAAUCAAUCAAAAGAGAGUAGCCUCACAAGCAUAGACUUUAUCAAACAGGCUGCCUAGGCAGCUCACAAAGCGUCUAGGAGUAUAAAUAAAUAAGAGCAUCAAGAGCAAGAAUGGUUGUGGUUUACCAGGAGUUCCAAUAUAGCUGUAGAAAAUGUCGUCUGAGGCUUUGGUCUCUACAGUCUCUUCAAAAUCGUGUAAAAAAUGCUUUCCAAAUCAGUUACGUUAGUCGUAGCCACGACUUGGUCCAAAAAACGAUGUCCUCCCGCUUAAUAAAAUAUGAUUUCUCGUAGUGUUUUCACUUGAUUUCAAAAGUCUUUGGUAGAAAUUGACGGGGCUCUGUAGGACACGUCCACGCCGACAUAAUGCGCAGACAUAAUGUUAAAGGUACAAUAAAGGUACAACAACAUAAUGGCAAUGUGGAGGAUUUAGUCUUGUCGCUUUUUUGUCUGUACAUAGUUUGUCUGUGCCCUGACUGCCUCUGAAUUGUCCAGCGGAUGUCUUGCGGUAGUUUUAAUCUCUUGUGAGAUUAAAGCGAGCCAGAUUCGCCAAAUUUUCAGCUCUUUGUUUAGUUAUUAUGGUGGUAUCUUCUAACUGUUGUAUCUCUUCUCAAUGCAAAAAAUAUUUGCAUGUUUUCUUACUCUUGCAAGCCAUCUUUAAUAUCCUCCAUGGAAAAAAGUAAGGUUUUAAAGCCGGCUUGGGGCAAUUAUCUUGAUUAUACAAUUUAUAAAGCAAGAGCUCUGACAAGGAAGACAAUUGUUUGACUGUUGAUUGACAAAACGCUACCCUCUACCCAAAUCGCUGCAAAGCUCGGUUAAUGAAAUUGGGGCGCUUCUGUAAUAAGAUUUGUAUGGUGACAACAUAUAUGACAGUGUUUCCAGCAGUAAUCAACAGAACUUCCAUGGCUGCGCAGCGGAGCUCAGUUAGAGGAUCUGAGGUGGUUUAUUGGUUUAGUAACGCUGGCAUUUCAGUCACAGCUUGGAAUAGACUUAUCCAGGACUCAAUGGUCCAGAUCUUAGGUGGCUUUCCUGUUGUUGGUACUUUAAGGAACCCUGGCAUGAGCAGAUAGCUCCAAAGAUACAAAGCCUUGCUGUGGGCGAGCUAACUGACAGAAGCUCAACUGAGGAAACUGUUGGAAUCUCAAUUACCAGAGCCUCCCCCUGAGCAUGUCCCAUGAUUUUGGCGGCAGUCACUUUUUCACCAAAAGUAAAUAUGGCUAUGGGUAAUAAUAAUUAACGUGCACAAAUAGAUAAAUUUGUUCAUAUAAUAACAACGACCUUGUUUGCUUGAUAGGAUGCUACUCCUGUUGUAAUUCGUCCUCAUCUAAUUUUUUUCACUGGUUAUGGACUUACAAUCUGAUUGUUAAUUUAUUUAUUUAACUUCGUCCACUAUAAAUUAAUUAAAUUACACAAAAGUACAAAUAGUAGACUGGGACACCAGUUACAAAACAAAAGUAAGACAGAGAACUAAAAGCAAAUUGACAAGUCAACAUUAUUGAAAGCUAAAAACAACAUGAAAUGGCUGUGUCGAGCAGACGAGAUUUGUGACACUUGAUGCAAAUUGUCUUGAACGAACUUGGAUCAUCUACGUUAUAGGAAAUGGUCAGCGCUCGGCUGUAAUAUUGUAAAAGCAGGCACUUAAACUGAUUUAAACUUAGGCUGUUUAGUCGGAAAUGAUCAGGCAAAGUGUUCCAGGUGCGCGAGGCACGGACGAAAAAAAGAGUUUUGAAAGCAAGAUGUUCUACACCUGGGAGGACGAAAACUUACAUUUGGAUUAACAGUAGAUCUAGUGGUUCUGACUGGUUCAAUACAAGUCGCGAGGCAUUCCUGAGAUAUAAAAACAAAGCCACUAAUGGCUUUAUAGAAAAAAACUAGAUCUAAGUACUCGUGCCAAUAGCACAGUGGCAACAAGUUAGUGGAGAGAAGGCGUUCAGUGUAAUUCUCUGCGCAGAGGAACGGAAGGCUUAGCAUAUAUUUGGUGGCUCUUCUUUGCACUCUUUCUAACUUUUCUAUAAGUUUAACUGAUUGUGGGCUCCAGACCUGGGUAGCAUAACGGUCCACGGUGGUUCUGCGCAGAAAGCCCAACAACUUGUUAGCCUUCGCGCAACUCUCUGUGACGUGCUUUGACCACGUAAGGUCGCUGGUGACCCAGAUCUUUCUUGUGAAAGGAGACUGUUAGCAGCAACCCGUUCAGAUGGUAUGGGACUUCGAUGGGGUGGGACUUCCUUGUGACUUUCUGACACUUGUCCUGGUUGAACAUUAGGCCAGAUGUUUUUUACCAGUUUUCCAGGCUGCUGAGAUUUUGCUGGAGUAGGGCGGCGUCUGAAUCCGAGUUCACACACUUUACUAGCUUUGUGUCGUCUGCGAAGCACGCAACUUUUGAGUUGUGCACGACAUCUGGAAGGUCCACCUUGUCGAAUGCUUUCGACAUGUCCAUGUAGAUGAAGUCCGUUUGUUUCCCGUUAUCCAACAAAGAGCCGAUAUGGUGCAAUACCUCAAGUAGCUGGGUAGUACAAGAUUUUCCAGGCAGGAAUCCGUGCUGAACGUUGUUAAUCAGAGUUGCUAAAUGAUCCCGUAUGUUAGAGUUUGUAGGCAUGUGGUCCUUCGGGUCAAGAAACACAUACAAGCAUAAACUACCUACUGAGGGUGAAAUGCCUAAAUCUCCUUAACAACUGAAAGAAAACUUGUGAUGCUCGUACCAGUUUAUAUUGACCAUAUUACAAGUGUAUAUACCCGCUUAAAACAGUAUUAUUUUUUGACUUGAGGUUUUCUGUCAGGAAAAUUAAAUUAUAUGUUUGGCGAUAUUACAUUGAUUAAAUAUAGGUUUCCUCUUAAAUGUAAGUCAUUCUUUAACCCUUUCACUACUGAAGCCCAUUGUGUGUCUCCGCUAUUCCUGGAGCCUAAUUAGCAUUCCCCACUAAUAUACAUACGCAAACAAAACAUGCAUGCUCAGUAGGUUUUCGAGGCAGAUUGUAAAGAAUAAAGCACAGAAACAAGUAGCGCAGAUAAUGAAGUUUUUAAUGAACCGAAAUAUUGGCGUUUUUGCCACUCUUGUUUAGAGCUGUAAUGAUUUGAAUUAACAAUUUCAUACAAAAAUUCAAAUUUCGCGCCAUCUUCUCUACCAAUGAUCUCAAAUUUUGCAUCAUUCACAAAAUUAUUGUUAUCUUAGACACAAAAUAUAAAUAGAAUAUAUAAUAAUAAUAUUUAGUCUGUACGAUAGUUCAUGCCGUGCAAUGGUCCAUUUCAUGGAAUGCCUGGUGGCAUCCUUUAUGGCAGAGACCAACUUAGCAGAUCCCGCACUUGUAAUACGUCUGGAUCUUGUAGCCUUUCGGGGUCUUUUUUCCCUUCUUGCUGCAAAGAACACAUGCCCUCUUCCUUCCUUCUACAUGAGUGGCGACAUGGACUGGGGCUGGGACGUUCUGGGGAGUUGGGGGAGCAGGAACUUGUGGGCACUUUCUCGAGUUGGACUUCGCUAUAAGCGCUUGCGCAAGUUCGGUCUUGAAAACUAUAACAGUUCUCUUCGCCUUUCCUUGUUAUCUGCGCUUGAAUCCUUCAAGGAUGAAGGCGUUGGUCACUGCCAAAUUGAACAAAAACCAAAACACGUAUUUAUACCAUUUACGCGAUUGCCAGCCCUAGGAAUAAGACAAUUGGAGCUGGUCUAUUUCAUUGCGGCCGCGAUACUUUUCACUUUUCACUUUGCAACCUAGUUCAAGAGGGGAAACAUUCGUCGAAAGAAGACUGACGUCCCUCUUGUCGUGCCAUUUUGCAAAGAGGAGCUGGCUUGACGCUGAACAAUUUUGCCGGGCUCCAACUUACCCUUGGGGCUUGACGGCAAUUCCCUGCAAUUCACGCGCACAGUCCCCCAUGCGUAGGUUUUUUGAUCUAGUUAGUGAUCAAAAGCACAAAAGAUAUGUCUGUAGCUGCUCAGGAAAGGCUAAGCCAUAUCCAUAACCACAUCGUAGCCGAGUCCAUGGACACGCUGUCUGUUUUCUUGUCCAAGGUACACUUUGUAGUUACACACGUAGCCGUUGUUCACGUCGGCAGCCAUCCACACUUUCGGGGUCGUCUUUCCCUUAUUGCUGCAAAGAACACAUGCCCUCUUCCUUCCUUCUACAUGAGUGGCGACAUGAGCUGAGGCUGGGAUGUUCUGGGGAGUUGGGGGAGCAGGAACUCGUGGGCGCUUUCUCGAGUUGAACUUGGCAAUAAGCGUUUGCGCAAGUUCAGUCCUCUUCGUCCUCUUUCCUUGUAAUUGGCACUUGAAUCCUUCAAGGGUGAAUGCGUUGGUCACUGCCAGAUUGAACAAAAACCAAAACACGUAUUUAUACCAUUUACGCGAUUGCCAGCCCGAGGAAUAAGACGAUCGGAGCUGGUCUGUGCGGUCAACUCCUCCCAUGUGCGCCGUGUAAACAUCUGUCACCUUUGGCUUUUCGAUGUCUAUUUCUUCGCGGCCGCGAUACUUUCUUCUCACUGUGUGACCUGGCUCAUAAGGGGAAACAUUCGUCGAAAGAAUACUAACAUCCCUCGUGUCGUGCCAUUUUGUGAAGAGGAGCUGGCCUCGCUGACGCUGAGUAGUAGUAGCUUUUAUUUUACAACGCUAUAACCCUGACAACAUCAGCUGGUUUUCACAAGGGGCGUUGGCUAUCUACUUUUAUACAUGAUACAAUAUUUACAAUAAUUUUACUAAUUGUAUAUAAAUAUAUAUAGAUA